AAAUACACGGGGAUUACUCAAAGCGCCUAGGCUGUCAGCUGCCUAAUUCGUUCUGAAGGUAUAUCUGUAAAUAUCCCCUAAAUUAUAUUGUGUAAACGCUCAAAUAGUAUUGAAUAUCACUGCUACGUAUGUAAUGAACUAUCUUACCUCUAGGAUUCGUUGGGGGGGGAUUUGAUGCCGGACUCAAUGAAGUCAUCUGGUUUACAUUAGUUCAUCCGAAUGAUCUAGAAUACAGGCAUGUUCUCUACACAAAAAACGUUGUAUAUGUUAAGCGUUCAGCAUUGAAGGGCAAAGGGAGCAUAACUUGAAAUCGUAUUAACCGUCUGACCAUCUGUGGUAUGAUUUUAAGUUCCAUUAGAUGUAUGGGAAAAUCCUUUGCUGGGAUAUCUCACGUUUACAGGAGCUUGAGGAAAUGUACCCAUGUUUUUUCUACUCAAUGCAGUUUCCAACUUUGGGUUCGAGUCCCUGGCCCUUUGGCCUCGUUUUUUUUGGUUUGGGUUCUUUGAUCCUACCCAGAUUUCUAACUAAAGUGGGACAGAGCACUUAAUCCUGCUUCCAAAGUGGAGUGCCAUCUAUAAGCCAUCUACUUGACGUAUUUGCGUAAGUACAGCAAUUUCUGAGGUGUGUCCUUUAUAUGUCUGUCAGCGAUGUGUGAAGUCUGCGAUCAUAUUGAUUCGUGUUUUAAGGUUUAGUCUGGCCCAUCUUCGCGCAUCCAAUAUCCUUAUUGUGUCUAUCCAAUAUAUCAAUAAUAGGACGUCUAACCAUCUCAGGAUUUUUAAUUAUUAAAGGUGGAACUGAUAAAUUUGUGAUAAAACUUCUUGAUGUGGGUAGUUUUAGAGUGAUAUUCUGAAUUGAUUCGUGUGUGAUGUAGUUAUUGUGGCGUAUUAUAGGGACCUAACUAAUGUGGUACUAUCAUAUUUAUUUGAACCAUUAUAGGCGCAAAGGGUUACCAAAGUAUGUACGUGAGCGGGAGUACUGCCUGGGUGCCCGGUACGGAGCAGAUCGUUCUCUUAAAAGCCAACCUGAGAGACUUAAUCCUUAACAGUAAAGCAACGUUAAAAAAUGCGAUCCCUCGGUAGUCGGUGACCAAGAAUGGACUCACUUGACAUUUGUGCCCUCAGGAUCCUAAACCCUUGCUCACCAUUCGUUUGGAAUCAGGGUUUUUUGACUCAAAUUACUAAUCACCUAGACUGAUGGAUUUGAUCAAGGCAUGGCUCGGCAUUUAAAUGUAAUCAUCUGUAUUGCACAUAUUAUAGCUGCGGUUGGAUUGAAAUUAAUGUGACAAAUCUCGUUAUUCGAUUUGUGUGAGGGCUGAGAUACUAUCCGGGUGCCCAAACUAAAGUAGGUGGUUUUCUAAAUUGGGCACACUCGCAGCCCUCGACCUGAAGGUCUGAUCCACAAGGCAGUGAAGUAACGUCCAGUGAUGCAGUCCCAUGGUAGCCGGCCACCAACAAUAAACUCAUACGCCAUUUAUUCCUUCAUGAUACUGGAGUUCAUGGGCACCAAUGGUUUGGAAUCAGGGUUUUCUAGCUCCUCUAGGUGAACUCCCCGUGUCCACCAACCCGCUUUUCGUCCUCUAAAUUCCGUAAACAACACCCUCGCUGCGAAAAAUCAGUGAGUAGGACUUCCCUGGCGGUGGUUGUAUGCACGUGGUCAUGUGAGAGCAUUUCGAGAAAGAGAGCGGACUCUCGGCCGUACCAGGGGAUUUGGGGUUAAAUUAUCGCUUCUAGCAAAGAGAAAAAAGGAGUUUACGUAUAUACAUACAUACUAAUAGUCAGGCUGGAGUUGCUAGUUAUCACCUCAUAGUUUUUGUCACUGACAUUUAUAAUCAAAGUGUUUGGGUUGGGUAUUGAAAGUUAAACUGGAGUUUUGAGUUGGAUUUAUAAAUUGGGGUCAAUGUUUUCAACAAGGACUGAUGUCAUCUAUAAUGCAGUACAUCGCCUUUCUGUUUACAAACCUGAAAUACUUGGGGUUGAGAUUUAGUGACAAAUUUGAUCAUUCAUGAAUCUCAUUAAGCACUUCAGCACAGUCUACCUUAGAAGCAGGUGUUUCACGUAAUUUAGCAUAUUUUCAGUGAUCCCAGAUGUUUUAUGAAUAAAAUAUUGCCGAUUUUUACUUGCUUAAUAAUGACACGCUACCUAUCGCUGUACUUCAAAAAUAAUUGAGACGUUAACUUAUUCCUAGUGGGUUCAUUCAAAGUUGUUAGUAUACUACACUUUUACCAUAAAUGUUGAAAAAUGUAUCUAUGAAGCUGGUUAGAGUCGUGUGCUGUGAAUCUAAUGUUAGAAUAGAGGUAAACUAUAUCUUACGAUUAUAGAAACCUUGUCUUUUCUGUAUUCCAGUAUCCUUUGAAUUUUAAUAAUUUGUCUUCAGUAUUAAAGAAAGUGCUAAACUGAGUAACCAACGUCCUAUUCGUUUACGUGUUUUAAUCCAAAUUUGUAGAACUAGACUAAACCUAUUUUGUGCAUUGUUCUCUGCCUGUGAUUAGUCGAAUUGUCAAUAUCAAGGUUAAUGUAACCACUAAAGUGGUCUACAUUUGUCUCUUUACCUGUUUCUACUGAUUGAGACUAGUUGGUUUAAAAUGCCCCCGUCUUUAUUAGCUUUUCAGCAUUCAUUAUGAACACUUUAUUUUAAUGUAGAGGUUGGUUAGGAGCUGGUUGUAGUUCGGUAUCUUAGAGAAGGUUCCAGUUUGCGCAAUGCCAGAAACUGUUGCUGUGAAAAGCUUUAAAGGUGAGUUGCAAUUACUAAGUCAACGUAACAUAUCAGAUGGGCAGCAAGAGGAACAAGAGUUGGCCUCCAAAGCUCUUCGUAUACAAAACAAACGAUUCUACCUAGAUAUCAAGCAAAAUAAGAGAGGUCGCUUCGUGAAAAUAACUGAAGUUGGCAAUGGAGGACAGAAAUCGCGCAUCUUGAUGUCAAUGCCUGUUGCUCUGGAAAUGAAAGAAAAAAUUCACAAACUUAGUGAUACAUAUAGCCAACUUCCAUCUCACAAUCGCGAGUCACUCGCACAAGAUGGGCGCAUUGCGUCUGACAUUAUUGUUCGUGAUAGCAGGCGCUAUUAUCUUGAUCUCAAGGAAAAUGAACGUGGCCGUUUCCUGCGUCUUGCUAUGCUUUCUAUGGGCGUUCGUGUUCAGAUUGCAAUUCCAGCUCAGGGUAUGAUCGAAUUGCGCAAUGCAUUGACUGAUCUUAUACAAGACUAUUCAGGAGAUAUGGAGAAUGAUAUAUUUUCAGACUUACCUGAAUCUAAAGUACUCUUCGUAGGCAACAAGACAUUUUAUUUCGAUGUUGGUUCUAAUAGAUUUGGCGUAUUUCUGCGUAUAUCCGAAGUUCGUGCUAACAUUCGUUCUUCAGUCACCAUACCUGAACAGCAUUGUACGCGAUUUUGUGAUAUUAUUACUGAAUUGGCAAACAAAAUGUCCAAUCAAAAGCUAACUAACGGAGUGUCUGAGAAUGGAAACAAUUCUGACCAACGAGAAGAAAAAGCUGAAGAUGAUGUAAAAGAAGAUACGAAUGGGGAUUCGUCGGUCACAUCUUAAUGCAUUUUCUAUGAUCUCAGAAAUGUUGUAUGGCAUUUAUUGUGAUGGGGGCUACUGGUGUUUAUUAUUCGUUUUACUUACAAAUGUCCUAUUUUAUCUCCCUCUUAUGGACAUCCAAUUAGGCUGGACCGUUUUAUAUAAUAAUUGUUUUAUUUUUUAUGUAAAUUAGUUUGUUUUUUUAGAUAUACGCACAUUAGUUUGCAUUUCUUUAAUUUGUUUUUAUGCGCAUGUGCUUAAUAGUCAUGUGUAUUAUUUAUAUUUGUGUGACUUGUCCUUCUCCAUAUUAUACAUAAUAUGAAUAUUCAUUUUUUUCUGCAGCUUUUAUGUGACUUUAAUAUAUAUAAUAUAAUUUAUCGUGU